CCUUCAGAACGCUAUCACUAUGCCUUCUUAUUCGCACUGCGAGGGUCGUAGUCUGGAUUUUUAUUCCGUAUCUGCGGCGGAUUCGUCUCGAUGUGCUAAGUGUGUUCGUCUAGGGCGGUCGCGUUGUGACAUUCAGGGUAUCAGUCCGGCUAAGCUUAGGAAGAUUGCUUCCCAAUAUUAGAAGCUAGAGGACGAGUUACAGUCUGCAGAAGAAAAGGUGCUUCUUUUACGUAAGCAGAAGAAGAUGUGGUUUGAAAAGAUGAUACGCGCGGUUCGUCGUGGAAUCGAUAGUAUGGAGGAGUUGGAGCGUAUCGAGCGG